UAAAAUUAUAUAAACCUUAAAAAUUAAUUUAAAAUUACUAACUAAAAAAAUUUAUUAUAUAAAUAAUUAUUAUUAUGGAAUUUAAAAAAUUUGAAUUAAAUCAAAUAGAUUAUAAUCGAAAUUUUCCAAUAACACCGCCAUAUUCUUAUGAUUAUAGUAGUAGUAUUAAUUCGAAUUUAUCAUUUAAUAAUAAAAAAACAUCAGCGACAAUAAUAUCUGAUUUUGAAGAUAAAAUCCCAAUUUCACUAUUUUUACCAGUUGAAGAACAAUAUUUAUGCUUACCAUCACCACCAUUAACACCACCAAAACAAGACGAAAAUAAUUUUAAAAUAGAAUUGGAUAAUAUUGCGGAAGAACAAUUUUAUAAACAGGAUAAUAAUAAUAAUAUCAAGGAAUCUACAGCAAAUAUAAAAUCUAAUUUCAUAUCAGUAUUUUCUGAAGAAAAUCAUAAUUUAUGUAUAAAAAACAAGAUUGAUAAUUUAAAAAAAAAUCAAGAAAAUUUAACAACAGCACCGGUUCGAACUAGAUCAGUUAUAAUGAAAGUUGAUCCAGAUCAAAUAAUUACAGAAAUUAGACCGAAAUCUUUAUUAGAAACAAAUCAAAAUGAUGAUUUUAUUUGUCAUUGGAUUAAUUGUUACAAAAUUUUCGACUCAUUAGAAUCCCUUGCAUUUCAUGUUACACAAGUACAUGCUGUAGUAACUGCUGAAGGACUAUAUUAUUGUAAAUGGGUAGGAUGUACACGUUCUGAUAGGGGUUUUAAUGCUCGAUAUAAAAUGCUUGUUCAUGUUCGAACUCAUACAAAAGAAAAGCCCCAUAAAUGUCAUUUAUGUACAAAGAGUUUUUCUAGAGCUGAAAAUCUUAAAAUACAUUUACGUUCACAUUCAGGUGAAAAACCAUAUAUUUGCCCAUAUGAAGGUUGUAAUAAAGCAUACUCAAAUUCAUCAGAUCGUUUUAAACAUACUAAAACACAUUCUACACAAAAACCGUAUGGCUGUAAAAUUCCAGGAUGUCAAAAAAGGUAUACAGAUCCAUCAUCCUUACGUAAACAUGUAAAAACAUUCAAACAUAAUCAAUUAUCAAUACAAGAAAAUCAAAAUAAGCAAGAAAAUUUGGAAGCUAAAGAAGCUAAUAAAAAUAUAAACCAACAUGAAAUACAUCAAGAAUUUCUAUCUCUUAUAAAUAAAACUGAUAAUUCACCAUCACUUUCAUCUUAUUCUCCACCAACACCAAUAUCACCAAUUAUUGAAAUAGAUAACCGUGAUCGUAACCAAUGUACGCCAAAUAUAUCAAUGCCAGAGUACACAAUAUGUAAAGAACAAAUAAUUGAUGAAUCAAUGUCUUCCUGCCAUUUUGAUGAUGGCUAUUUUGAUACCCAAGCAAAUAAAAAAUACUUUAAAAUUGAUAAUAGUUUAUAUUAUGAUCAACCAUUAGAAUUAACUGGCGGAGUAUCAACAUCUCACGAAUUUACUUCUCAAACAACAUCUUCUUUGCAUUAUUGGAAUACAAAAUUCAAUAAUCAUUAUCAUCAAUAUGAUAGUGAAGUGAUGUUAAGAUCGAAUUUUGAAUAUGAACCUAUUAGUGAGGCAAUGAAUAUAGAUCUUCCAUUAGAUUUAACAAUUCAUCAUCGGUAAUCUUUGUAGUGAAAGCAUACAUGCAUACACAACUACAUGCUACAUACAUAACGUACAUAUAUAUUUUUUUUAAUUUUAAUUUUACAUUU